UUGGUGUCCACAGAUGAAGGUGCUGGCGCUGUGUGUGUUGGUGUUGACCCUGGCGGGGUGCGUGGCGGAGGCCCUGCCGCCACCUGAGAGAUCCUACAACAUCCUUAUGCUUCUUCCUCUCUCCACCAAGAGCCACAGAAAUGUCUUCCUGACACUCGCUGAGGCUCUGGCUGAGCGUGGACACCAGAUAGUGAUGCUUACCAACAACACAGAGUCUUGCAAACAUCCAAAUAUCCGAGAAUUUAACCACGGCAUUCCGGGACCCAGUUUUGAUAAGAGCGACCUUAUGAACAAAUUGAAAGGGUCGUCGAAAACAGCUGAAUUCCUAAAAGAGUACGAAAUAGUCAUGGCCAGGAAGCUGUACAAGGUGCCAUCGGUAAGAGAUAUUUACCGACGACGGAAAGAGUUUGAUCUCAUCGUUCUGCAUCAUAGAUACAAUCAGAUGAUUUAUCCCUUCGUGCAUGAGGUCCCCUUCAUCAUGGUGUCUACAAGAGAUAUUGACCCGCUAUUUAGUGCUGUUCUGGGCAACUUCCUCCACCCAAUCUAUCUCGCCAAUGCCAUGUUUGAACGACACUUUCUAAUACCUUCAUGGGGCCUCUUGAUGGACAUGAUUGCGCAAGUGGGAUAUUCCUAUAUGCACAGAAAUUGGGUUACCGUGCCUGCGAUACAGAAGGAGAUCUCAGCCCAGUUCUCGGACCUACCGCCGCUGCUAGACCUGGAGAAAAACACAAGUCUGGUGCUUCUCAACACUCAGUUCUCCAUGGACAAGGCGCUGCCCCUCCUGCCCUCACAGGUGGAGGUGGGCGCCAUGCACUGUCGUCCCGGUAAACCCCUUCCACAGGAUCUCGAAUCUUGGAUCAAUGGCGCUGGGUCUGCGGGCGUCAUCUACUUCAGUCUGGGUUCUGUGAUGGACAGUAAGUCGUUGCCACUUGAGUAUCAGCAGAUCUUCCUCCAGGUAUUCCGCAGGUUACCUCAGCGGGUCAUCUGGAAAUUUGAGGGAGAGCUGAAGGACGUCCCCGACAACGUGAUGAUCAGCAAGUGGCUCCCCCAGCAGGAUGUUCUCGCUCAUGACAACGUGAAGGUGUUCAUCACUCACUGUGGACUCCUCAGCCUGCAGGAGACCAUCUACCACGCCAAACCUCUCCUCGCCCUCCCAUUAUUCAGUGACCAGCCCAAGAACGCUCUGAGGGCGAGAGACUCUGGCCUGGGUCACUCGUUACAGUGGGAGGAACUGACCACCGAAGUGAUUCUUGAUGCUCUCACUGACAUCCUCAACAACGUCACUGUCCAGCAAUAGUCGCCCAUCAUGUUAGGACUGAAUUG